AUGGGCGGGCUGAGUCCAUGCGGGGGGCGCGAGGCAGCGCUGGGCCAAGGCCAGGCCGGGCCGCCGGCGGCUCCCAAUAAAGUUGUUGUUGAGGCGGAGCCGGGCUGGCGCGUGGGCAGAGGCUGGGAGAGGAUCGGGCCGGGCGGCAUGAUCUGCACCGUGCUCUGCUACCUGCUGCUGCCCGCGGCACGGCUCCUCCGCGCCCUCCGAGAUGCUUUCUUUACGUGUCGAAAGAACGUGCUUCUGGCGAAGAGCCCGACCGCCCAGGUAGGGGGCAUCUCUUCUGUGCCCAGCAGGAGGUCAGUCCCAGAAGAGGAGGAAGCCCUGCUGCAGCAGCAGCUGGAGGAGGAAGCUGGUGGGCUACACAGCAGUGAGACUGCUCCAGCAGUGGGGAAGGUGUCAGCCACACUGACUAGUGACUGGCUGGAAGGCUCGGAAUUAUUGAUGACCAGCCUCAGCAAUCUGAAUGUGGCUUCAGAGGUCACAUGGUGCAGUGAUCAGCAACACAAUGAGCUACAUACCUUAAUGUCUCUAGGACCAAAGGAACAUGUUGCAGUCACACUGGCAAAAUUACCAGAAGAGGAAAGUGUGGCUAUGGUGGGCAUUGCAGCAUGGUCAGCUGUAAGGACACAGACCGAUCACCAGAUUAGUGGCUGCACCCCUUCAGCCCUGGAAAGGGAGGAUGAAGAUACUGCUGUGCUGGGCUGGAGCUUAGCGCAUGACACAGAGAUAGUGCCAGUGGAGGCCACAGCCUGGCCCUUUUAUGAUACAGGACAAUUCCAGCCUUUUCCAGCAGAGAGAUCUUACCACGAGAUUUUAUGGAGGGACUGGGAGGAUCUCUCUACCCAGCCUGCUGUUCCAGAGCUGGGCUCAGAGAAUGGGCCUCUGUUUGAAUUCCGAGUCAUGUCUUACAACAUUCUGGCCCAGGACCUGGUGGAGCAGAGCCCUGAUCUCUACCUGCAUUGCCAACCAGAUAUCCUGGACUGGAGCUAUCGUCUCCCAAACCUCUUGCAGGAGAUCCAGCACUGGGACCCUGAUGUUCUGUGUCUCCAGGAAGUGCAGGAGAAUCACUACUGGGAACAGCUGGAGCCAACAUUCAGGAUGAUGGGCUUUGUGUGCUUAUACAAACGGAGAACAGGAAAAAAGACAGAUGGCUGCGCAGUUUGCUACAAGCACAGCAGGUUCCAGCUGAUCAGUGCCAGCCCUGUAGAAUACUUCCGGCCUGGCCUGGACAUCCUAAACAGAGACAAUGUGGGUCUGGUGCUGCUGCUGCAACCUCUACUCCCAGAGGGUGUAGGUCAGAAAGCAACAAGCCCCCUGUGUGUGGCUAACACUCAUGUGCUGUAUAAUCCCCGCCGAGGAGAUAUCAAACUUGCACAGAUGGCCUUGCUCCUAGCAGAGGUUGACAAGGUUGCGAAAACUGUUGAUGGCAUCUACUGUCCUGUCAUCUUGUGUGGAGACCUGAACGCUGUGCCUGAUUCUCCAUUGUACAAGUUCAUCCGGAAUGGUCAGCUCUCCUACCAUGGGAUGCCAGCCUGGAAGGUUUCUGGACAGGAAGACUUCUCCCAGCAGCUGCACCAGCGGAAGCUGCAAACCCCACUCUGGCACAGCAGUCUGGGUAUAACGGGAAACUGUCAAUAUGUCUCUCUUUGCCAGCCAAAGAAAUCAGACAGACGCAAGUACAGCCGGGACUUCCUGCUUCAGUUCCGUUUCUGUGAUGCUGCCUGUGAACGACCUGCACAUCUGAUUCUGUGGAAGGGUGUGACAGAUGUUAAACCAGACCGUCCUGCACAUUGGCCCAAGCAUCUCACCAUGGUGAAUGAUCCUGAUCCAGAGUUCUUCUUCCCAAGGUCUCCAGGUGUUAUCCGGCAUGACCUUAAUCUGACCUCUGCCUAUAGCCACUUCUUGCCCCAGAGAGGUCGCCCUGAGGUCACAACCAUGCCCAUGGGCCUUGGAGCUACAGUUGAUUAUAUCUUCUACUCGGCAGAGCCCAUUGAGAAUGGGAACGAAGGGGGUCGCAGGCUGUAUCGAGAUGGAGCCCUGAAGCUGCUUGGCCGCCUCUCCCUGCUCUCCGAAGAUGUCCUGUGGUUGGCAAAUGGCUUACCUAAUCCCUUUUGCUCAUCUGAUCACCUCUGUCUGCUGGCUAGCUUUGGCUUGGAGGUCUCCAGUGCCUGA